CAGUCACAAAGCGGGAACCUCGUCUGGAAAUAAACGUCAUCUAAAAAAGGCUUGGAUAAUAGACUACAAUUCCCGGUACUCUCCGCGGCACAGUGGCAAGACUGCAUGCCAAUCAGUAAAGGUUUGAGGGGAUUUGUCUAUCUUUGAUUGGCUGGUAAUGGGAAAGGCGGUGUCUUGGAGAGCGGUUGUGAUAGUUACACCCAUCGGGAGGAGUUGAGGCCUGAGUGUGGGGAGGCCGGCCCAGUGAGGUACUGGAGGCCGAGGCUUCAUCCCAAAGAAGGCCGUACUCUGUUAGGUUCCUGUGUGUUUUGAAAAUCUCGUCAUGGCCUCUGUAACAUUAGCCACCUCGGAGUGGAUUGGCUUCUUUAAGGACGCCGGCAUCCCCGCUGGGCCAGCUGUGAAUUAUGCAGUCACAUUUGUGGAUAACAGAAUCCAGAAGAAUAUGCUGAUGGACCUAAACAAGGAAAUAAUGAAUGAGCUGGGAAUAACGGCUGUGGGUGACGUGAUUGCUAUCCUGAAGCACGCAAAAGUUGUCCAUAGACAGGAUAUCUGUAAAGCGCUGAUUGAUCCUCCAUCCACAACUCAGAACACUCUGCAGGCAGAACUGCGCAGGAGCGCCAACAGUCGCAACUGCACUGCCACAAGGAUGAUUGCCAACAGUCUGAGCAGGGAUUCUCCACCGUCCACUCCCGUCCGGCGCCCUGACACCAGUGCUUCCAAAAUUUCUGUCACUGUGUCCAACAAAGUGGCCUUAAAAAAUGCGCAAGCAGCAUCAACCACUAAACCAUGCAAUACUUCUGAGGUGCCAGUAAAACGACGCAGAGUAACAGCCGAAAUGGAGGGGAAAUAUGUCAUCAACAUGCCCAAAGGGACCACUGCUAAGACUAAAAAAAUACUUGAAGAGCAAGCGUCCAGAGGUUUCGGGAGGACUUCGGUCUUUGAUAGAUUGGGAGCAGAGAACAAAGCUGAUACAACUACAGGCAAUAAGCCUACUGGAGUGUUUAGCAGAUUAGGAGAUGCCCAUGAGGAUGACAAGUCAACAGAAAGUGAUGAAGAAGAUUAUAUCCUACCUUAUGAAGGUGUCUUGAAGAAAAGGACAUCCCUGCAAGAAAGGCCAGGACUUGGUGUCACGGUUAAAGCUAAAGCCACCAGCUCAGAGAAUAAACCAGCCGUCACUACACUCAGACGCCUGACGAGCAAACCUUCCGCUAGCGCCCCUGCCAAACUGUCCACUCCUAAAAUCAGCAUUGCGCAGAGGCUCGGUAAGGUCAUAGAACCUGAAGAUGAUAGACCCAGAAAGGUUCCCUCUGCUGCUCUGGCAAAACGACUGGGGAAACCACAGAUGGCUGCUCAGGACAGCAAGGUUACCAGCACCAAACCACCCACUGGAGGGUUCAAGGUCACUAUCAAACGGACUUUGGGGAGCCCAAAAGUGAGCAGCAGCAGCGAUAGCACUGCACGAAUGGACAAUACUAGAAAUGUCAGUGUAUUCAAACGGCUGGGCAGGAAGUCCCUCUGAGAAAUGGGGGGGGUGCUUGAAAUAAAUAUGUUGGCUUUUUACAGUUGCAUUUCUGCCAGUUCUAAUGUGUCACUGGAAGGCAAAGACCUGUUCCGCCAUAAGUUUUGCUAAAAUUUGCACCUAUUUCUAUGUUGGAUAUUUUUUUCACCUUGCUUUCUUGGUUUUUAUUACUAUCCAGGAACCAAGAAUGCCACCAACAUUAGUUUUUUAAUAUUUUGCGCAGGUUAUCAGAUGUCACUAUUUAUUUUUAGAACUAAAACAAAAAAAAUAAUCUAGUUAGGCUUACAAGUUUAAUAUUUUUUUCUUUUUAAUGAAAUAUUUUACUAUAAUACACAUGAUUUUGCCCUA